AUGACCUCUACUUCAGCUGAAUCCAACGCCGGGGGUACAGUACUGGUUACUGGUGGCUCCGGCUUUCUUGGCAGUCACGUUGUGGAUCGUGCCAUACGUGAGGGAUACAGCGUUGUCGUUGUGGAUAAUCUCUACACUGGCCGCAAGGAGAACGUCGCUCAUCACAUGGGGAAAGAAAACUUCCACUUUGUUCAGCAUGAUGUGCGUUAUCCUUUUCCAGAGGAGGUAUUGCGCCACAAGUACACUUAUAUAUUUCAUCUUGCUAGUCCAGCAUCUCCUGUGCACUACCAGGCGGACUCCAUUGGAACCACACUCACCUGUGUGAAUGGCACCUAUCACUCACUACUACUCGCUCAGCGGGAUGAUUGCCCAGUGCUUGUUGGAUCCACCUCUGAGGUCUACGGCGAUCCCGAACAGCAUCCACAGACGGAGGAAUACUGGGGCAAUGUAAACUGCACGGGCAUACGGAGUUGCUAUGAUGAGGGAAAACGAUGUGCAGAGUCUCUCUGCUUUGAUUUUAACCGAAAACACGGUGUGAAGAUUCGUGUGGCUCGUAUUUUUAAUACCUAUGGUCCUCGCAUGUGCUUUAACGAUGGACGUAUCAUCAGUAAUUUUCUGGUUCAGGCGCUUAAGGAGCGAGAUAUUACUGUUUACGGCACUGGCGAAUAUACUCGAUCUUUUCAAUACUGUGAUGACCUGGUAGAGGGAUUUUUUCGCUUUAUUCGCCACCCAACAGAGAUUGGCCCUAUUAAUCUCGGUAAUCCUGAAGAAUACAGUGUACUGGAUAUGGCAAAGAAGGCACAGGAACUUGUACCUGGCACAAAAUCAAAGAUUGUCUUUUUACCAGCCGUUUCGGAUGACCCAAAGCAGCGUCGACCAGAUAUCACAAAAGCAAAACGAGUGCUCAACUGGGAACCUGUCGUGUCUCUCUCUGAAGGUCUCAAACGUACAGCAGACGAGUUUGCUGAGCGUGUGAAGCGUGGAGAGUAG